AGUCUCCGUACCAGAGGUUAAGUCGCAGGAUGCUGGACAUCUCGGGGGACCGGGGCGUGCUGAAGGACGUCAUCCGGGAGGGGGCCGGCGAGCUGGUGACCCCCGACGCCUCCGUGCUGGUGAAGUAUUCGGGAUACCUGGAGCACAUGGACAAGCCGUUUGACUCUAACUGCUUCAGGAGAACGCCCCGGCUCAUGAAACUCGGAGAGGAUAUUACCCUUUGGGGCAUGGAGUUGGGCCUCCUGAGCAUGCGGAAGGGAGAGCUGGCCAGGUUUCUGUUCACACCGACGUACGCCUAUGGAACGCUGGGCUGCCCUCCCUUGAUCCCCCCAAAUACCACUGUCCUGUUUGAGAUCGAGCUGCUUGACUUCCUGGACUCUGCUGAGUCAGACAAGUUUUGUGCCCUCUCAGCUGAGCAACAAGAUCAGUUUCCACUUGAGAAGGUCCUAAAAGUGGCAGCUACCGAAAGGGAGUUUGGCAACUACCUUUUCCGCCAGGGUCGUUUCUAUGAUGCCAAAGUGAGAUAUAAGCGGGCAUUAUUGCUUCUCCGUCGGCGAUCAGCACCCACUGAAGAGCAGCACCAGGUGACAUCUGCCAAGCUUCUCGUUCUCCUUAACCUGUCCUUUACAUACCUGAAGCUGGAGCGCCCCAUCGCAGCGCUGCGCUAUGGCGAGCAGGCUCUGCUCAUUGACCAGAAGAACGCCAAGGCGCUCUUCCGGUGUGGACAGGCCUGUAUUGUCAUGACUGAGUAUCAGAAGGCCCGGGAUUUUCUGGUCCGAGCCCAGAAGGAACAACCCUUCAAUCAUGACAUCAAUAAUGAGCUGAAGAAACUGGCCAGCUGCUACAGGGACUACAUGGAUAAAGAGAAGGAAAUGUGUCACCGAAUGUUUGCUCCUUAUGACAGUGACUCUGUAGGGGAAGAAAACUGAAGAAGACAAUCCAGAUAUUGAGGGUGGAGGCAGCCCACGACUUCAACUCUGCUAAUACGAGCAUCAGAGAGCUGGAAGUGUUGGACCUGAGGAGCAGAAGGGAACUUCCUGCUCGGGCAUAACCCUGGGAAUUUAGCAGGCACAGGGUUAAGGUUUCCCCAUGAGCGCAUGAGCUAACCCUCUCGUCUGGUUUACUGUUACUUAAGAAAAUUAAUGGAAACAAAAUCACCUGCCUUAAACACCUGCUUAGCUGGGUAGAUAACUCUGCUCUCAUGAGAGAAGUUAAACAAGGGACAACAAGAAAACAGCUGCUGAACGGGCUCAUGGUGAUAAAUCUCUCCUUUGUUGCCACCAACAUCUCUCUACAAAAGGGGCUUGAGAGAAGAAGGCGGUGAAAGGCCCAUUCAUCCCGGCAGUGCUCACACGACCGCUGCAAACUGCUGCUCUCUGCCUGUCAGAAACGGCUGCCCCCAACCCCGCGGCCCAGGCCUCCAGGUCUCCUGGGGACCUGGGCAUCUAUGCAGGUCCUCUGACUAGACGUGAGCCAGAGGCCUUCUCUCUUUGGCUGCUGUUUGUGGCCAUGGAAAUGGAGGCCUGGUGGCUUGUGCCAGACACUUGGGGCUGUUACCUGGCCCGUCCCGCUGUUGAGUGGAGACCCGGCUCUUCCGGCGUCUGCCCUGGAGACAGGUUGUGUCACCCAGCGGGGCAGCGGUCUCCUUCGCUGCCUUCGCCUUCUAGCUUCCUCGGUCUGUGAUGUGUUCUGGAGCCUGAUGAUUUUAAGAUGGUUUCCCUGUACUCCCAGGUCCUGCAUGUUCAUCUUCUCACCAGCAGCGACUGUAUUUGGGUCUAGAGUGACCAUGAUGGUGCUGUCCCCACUGCUGUACAGGGUUUUUUGUUGCUGUUUUUUUAGAUUUAUUUUUAUUUAUUUGUGCAUACAAGAGCUGGGGUACAGGCCAGAGAUGCGAGGGUGAAAGGAUUAACCAGAGACAGAGUGGGGAGCAGAACAGGUGGAUCUACUGAAAUACACUGCUGAGGGGAGCAGCGGGUGAGACAGGAGAGGUCUGCUGCACCAUGUGUGUCUGCUCCCUGGCCGGGGAUCGAACUCAUGCUGCAGUGGCUGGUGACAGGUUCAUAGUGCUGAGACUUUAACCUCUGCGCCACCAGGGAGUCCCCCUGUAUGGUUAUAACGUAGCUUGGCUAGGGUGUCACAGGUGUUCUCUGUUCCCUCUUUUUCUGUUGUACUUGUGCCUAGUUGGGCACCUAAAAUCUCAGGUUUUCAGAUUCUUUUGACAACCUCGUUUCAACUAAGACCAUUUAAAAUUUGACCUUGUCUUCUGUGGAUGGUCUAACAUGUCAGCACUCCUGGUGGAUGCGUGUUGUCGUAGUCUGUUCUCUAAGGCGCUGGUGAUAGUAAAUUGAAGAUUUUGAGAUUGAA